GCUGUGCGUAAACUGUAUUUUUCCGGCUAAGAAAGAAGUCAGAUGACGCUGUGGAACACGUCAAGCAUCUUUCUCCACCUCCUGCUGCAGGUGUAGGAGGAAUAUGUGGUGUUGUUUCUGCCUUAUCUGAUGGACUGCCAGCUGCACCUUCAGCCUGAAAGCAGCGCUCAUCCCCGGGCCUUCAGUCCUACCUGAGACAGCUUCUUCCAGAGGAGAAAAAUAGUCGAAUAGUCUGUUUCAUAUAAUUCCGUAUAAAAAAUAAAUAAUUUCAAAGCUCUUUAAUGACACAGCACCCUGUUUUGGAAUAGUUUAGGUGAAUUUUUGUGAUCAUUUUGCGGCUGAGAUGAAUAUAAUGAGUAAGCGCGCAUGUGGCAACCUGUCAAUCACCAGAGGUCUUGCGGGCUCCAGUCUUGAUGAGCAAAGGGUUAAAAAGAGGCGCAGCUAGACGCCAGGGGAGCUGAAGUCAUCCGGCAGCGCGCACAGCGAGGAGGAGGAGGAAGGGAGAUCCACAACACCUUCUAAAACACACACAUCCAGGACGAUUUAAGCUGUCGACCUGCGCGCAGCUGUUUUCUUUUAAUGAUCCCUCUGCUCUUUUUCCUCUGCAGCCAAACACCAGGAGCUUCAGAGAGCCAAACAAAUAGAAGAGGAGGUGGAGUGAGUGAGAAAUAAUAGAAACGCGCAACACAGCGCCACCAACUCCAACGACGCUCAUCUGAGAACUCACCCAGUCCGCCUCCAAGGAGCGGGCUGAGGCGCAGGAUGAGAGCUCCGCUGCGCUCCUCCGGGUGUGACAACAUCGGCGGACUGAAACAAACAGCAGCUCCGCUCCCAGCGUGGACUUUGGAGGCUGGAAGCGGCUCUUAUUCCCCGUGCGUAGAGCUCGACACCUUUCCAGAACUCUAAUCUUUCUCCAGAUCCACCUCAGGAGUCAGUGCCCACCUGAACAUCCAGGAAACUUUGCCCCCUGACAAGCACCCGGCGUGGAGGGGAGUCCAUGCGGGGAGCGCAGUGAGCAUCGUGCGCUCAGCGACGAUUGAAGACCCAACCUCGGUGUGAUCUUAUUAAAAGUCCAGAAAAGUAUUUUAAAGUCCAGGGGCCACCGCUGCGAAGAUGCCGGUCCGGAGGGGCCAUGUGGCCCCGCAGAACACCUUCCUGGAUACUAUCAUCAGGAAAUUUGACAGCCAAAGUCGGAAGUUUGUCAUCGCCAAUGCCAGAGUGGAGAAUUGUGCAAUCAUCUUCUGCAAUGAUGGAUUCUGCCACUUAUGUGGCUACAGCCGAGCUGAGAUCAUGCAGAAACCUUGCACAUGCAACUUCCUGUAUGGACCUGACACCAAGAGGCUGGCUAUUGCCCAAAUGGCGCAGGCCCUGCUGGGGUCAGAGGAGAGGAAGGUGGAGAUCAACCUGUACAGAAAAGACGUGCCUCGGCAGGCCCGGUUUCAGGCAUCGCUGAGUCAGCGCCUUGAGCCAGAGGCACGAUCUGAUAAGGCUCAGGCCCGUUGGGCUCCAUAA